GGAUCGGCGCAGCGUCUCCAGGCAAGUUCCAAAAAAGUUACCAUACGAGCUACAUACCUUCUGCAGCCCCCAAUAAUAACGAACUACCUCCCGCAGCACCAGGACUCCUUGCAAGACGAGAACGAAACAAAAUAAAAGCUAGCCGACGGAGACAGUCGAUCGCCUCGAUUCCAUAAUAUUACAGCUCAGAUGCAAGUUGCCAGGCCGAUUCUGCAGCUAUGUUCCAGAUCUCGUCGCUUGUCCAGAAGGCUCAGUCGCUCGUAGACCCGUCGAACUUCGGCUUCCCUACGCCCGCCGCCUCUGAUCGCAAUCCGUCCAAGGCUGCUCUCUUCCGCCAGCAGUUCCGGCUGCCUGACUCCCAGAAUCCGCUGCAGGAGAUAUCUGCCGAGCUUGUCCUGCCGCUGCCGUACUCUUCCUCGAGCUCUACCCAUGGCGAACGAGCCAAGGACGCCGGCCGUUCUGGCAACCGGUACAUAGGCAACCUGCAUCUCAGCGAGCGCUUCAUAUGCUUCUCUACGCAGCCGACGAGCUUCCUGCAGUCCUCCAGCUUCUCCGCCUCGUCUGCGUUUACGGGACAGACGCAUGGGACGGGCCCGUCCGGCAACGGCUUCACAUUACCCCUCUGUGCGAUCCGUCGGGUCGAGAGGCUGAAUAGCCACGGCCACAUCUUCUCGCUGUCCAUCACCACUUGGAAUGGAGCUCUGAGCAAAGGAACCCCGGCCAAAGACACGCCUACGCCGGUGCAGAAGUUUACAAUCCAUCUCGACGGCUCGCGUCAGGCCUGUGAGCGGUUCUGUGAUGGACUGAAACGAGGGCUGAGGGACGGAAUGAAGGAUGUCGAGGGGCUCAGACAGGUUGUGGCUGGGUGCCACUCGGAAUAUAUGCUGUCUGGCUCUCGGACGGUGAAGAAGGAAGGUGUAGAGGUUGAGACGACCAGGGAACCGCCGGAUACCGGCUUGGGUCUGGUCUUUAGAUACCCGGGUGAUGCCAGGAAACUGAGAGAUCGGAGUAAGAUGCGGCUAUGGGGGGAGUAUAUGAGAGAAAACGGACGCAAUGCUACAAUGAUAAGGCAGCCUACGUUCCAUAAGCUCAUCCGAGUUGGCCUUCCAAACCGCCUACGAGGAGAGUUAUGGGAGAUCUGCUCUGGCUCGUUCUAUUCACGGUUACGAGCUCCAAACUUAUAUGAGGAAACCCUGGCCAAGUUCUCUGGCCGUGAGUCCCUUGCAAUUGACGAGAUUGAGAAGGAUCUCAACCGUUCUCUUCCGGAGUACCCUGGGUUCCAGAGCGAAGAAGGCAUCAACAGGUUAAGAAGGGUUUUGACAGCAUAUAGCUGGAUAAACGAAGAGAUAGGAUACUGUCAAGCAAUGAACAUCGUUGUUGCUGCCCUAUUAAUUUAUACAUCCGAAGCACAAGCAUUUUUCCUCCUAUCCGUGCUGUGUGACCGGCUAUUGCCUGGCUACUAUUCCACAACUAUGUAUGGGACAUUGCUUGAUCAAAAGGUGUUCGAAUCCCUCGUGGAAAAGACCAUGCCCAUUCUAUGGGACCAUUUAGUCAAGUCCGAUGUUCAGCUAUCCGUCGUCUCCCUUCCUUGGUUCCUCUCACUAUACAUCAAUUCCAUGCCUCUUGUAUUUGCAUUCAGGGUCCUUGAUGUCUUUUUCUUGGAGGGGCCAAAAGUACUCUUCCAAGUUGGGUUGGCAAUCCUUCGAAUUAACGGAGAAGAGCUGCUCGAUGUCACCGAUGAUGGAACCUUCAUCUCCAUCCUCAAAUCUUACUUCUCUAGACUCGACGAGUCUGCCCAUCCUAGAUCAGACAAUCCAAAGCUGCGUGCCAUCACUCGCUUCCAGGAGCUCAUGGUCGUGGCCUUUAAGGAAUUCUCCGGAAUAACACAUAGCACCAUUGUGGAGGAACGAGCUCAGCAUAAAGAUGCAGUCUUGAGCAAUAUUGAGAAUUUUGCCAAGAGGACUUCUAUUAGAAAUCUCGGACCGGAGAGCAAGAAGCUCAGCCUCGACGAUCUGGGUGCCACGUAUGACCGUUUCUACGACGUUCUUUACGAUCGUCAACAAAAGAUAAAGGCGCAAGAAGAAGAAGAGAGGCGCCGCAAUAAAGCCGGAAGCAAGAACCCGGCACGAUACUCAGCUAUCCUUCCCAAAGUUGAAGCUCAAGUAAGCCGUGUGGGCCUCGGACCCAGCCCAUCGCUUAUGGAUUAUGAUGGCUUUAGACAGUUUCUUGCAGCCACCGCCAAAUGGGCCACCAGUGACUCUCCCCCACGCAAGGAUUCCGCUUCUGAUCGAAAUGCCAGUAUAAGAAGCCGAAAUAAGUCUUCAGACAGGUCAAAAUACCCUGCUCCUGCUGACCAUGAUUUCUUAAAACGGCUGUUCCGUAAAUGGGAUGUUGAUGGCAAUGGCGGUCUCAGCUUACAGAACGUUGUUAAUGGCCUGGCUCAAAUAAAGGGCGGCAGAGAUAUAAUGAACACAAUAAACUACUUUUUUGACCUAUAUGAUGAUGACGGUACUGGCCAGGUUGACCGAGAGGGCAUAUUACGCAUGUCAGAAGCCCUCCUUUUCCUUUCCAGAAGGGGGUUCGAAGGCCUGAUCAACAUCCGAACCAAUGGAGAGAGUGAUCGGUUAUCAACAUCAACACAAGAAGGAGACUUACGAGGUCGGCCUAAGCUUAGUGCUGAUGAGAAGUUUCUCAGCAGUGUCAGCGACUUUAUCCAACAUUGCUUUGAAUACGCCGACCCCAGCCAUCCACAAAACCAAGAACAUACAGAAAUGGAGUCCAAACUUGGUGCCUUCAGCAUUGGUGACGAUGAGGAUGACGAAGAAGAUAACGAGUCCCAUCCAACCCCUGAAUCAGACUCAACCCUGAAAGAAAAAUCAUUAGAACCUACAAGCGAGGAAGCCCCAACCGCUCCCCUAUCUCCCACUACCAAAGAAGCCUCAGAAGCAGCAAACGCAGCUCUUGACCCGGCUCACCCCUUACACAUCACACUCCCGACCUUCCGCAUGGUCAUCCUCGCAGAUGAACUCCUUGAACAAUUCUUUGAAAGCUAUUUCCCUGAAUCAUUCCACCUCUCUGACCGCCCAUCUCACGAAACAAGUGCCAUCCAGCGCUCUACAUCCCUUUCUUCCAAUCUCACCACCUUUACCAAUCUUGGCUAUAACCGUUCCUCUGGCACAGCCACUGCUCCAUCCGGCGCCACCCUUGCCGGCGCAUCAGGUGGCAUAGUUCCACCAGGCCAUAAGGGCCUCAGGGGCGUUCUGGAUAAUAUCGUCUCAGACGGCAUGCGCAUGGCUGCAGAAGUCCGCAAGAAGAUGGAAGAAGCCCAGCGUGAAAUGGAACGGAACGCUCUCGGCAGUAGAGCAGACGAAGAGGAUGACGACGACGAUGACGAUGCAGCUUACUAUGAGCGAAGGAACGCUGAUACGUCUAAGCUCCGUGCUCCAUCUAUCCGUGAAGGAGAUCGCGAUUUACUUGAAGGAGCUGAAGUGGCUAGUAUACGCGAACGAGAGGGACCAGAGACCGAAGGAAGCGCUGCAAAUCCUUCCAAGACAACGCUGUCGCCGUCACCUGGCUCCCUUGUUCGACGGCCUUCAGAUUGCAGUGUUGAUAAGGUCGAGUUCGAGUCAUAGCAGGUUGUUGCUUCUGGGUUAAUGAAACUUACAUAAAUUAAUUGAUGAAUGAUAGCUUUUUGGCAUGACCAUGUCGGGAUUAGUGAAUGGCUGGCGCAUCUUGUAAUUAUUAUCUUCCAAGAUGGAAUUGUGAUAUAUCUAACUCUCCAACUACCAGUUAUACAUCUUUUCUUAUUUUAUUCAUUACGUUCUCGGCUGAUUUGUCCUUGUUUGGAGGGUUCCUAAUAUUAUCAAGUCGGUCUUAAACCAUCGACAUUUUACUUGUAGACAUGCCCUCAAUGGUUUCCAGGAAAUAUUCAUAUAUCAUUGAUCUUAAGCUCAAACGGCAAAUGUCCAGUGACCAUUGUAUCAUGUUAGUAGGAAUAGUGCGGAUUGAAGAAGGGUAAUUAACGGGGGAAUCUGUUCGAAGCGGCAUACAAGUUUAAAUGUAUCUUAAAUUG